UCGGUACUAUAUUUCAUAAAUUUUAAAAUUCCGAUACCCUACAAUUUCAACUUUCAAAGUCUAUUUUAAAGUCUAAUUCUGUUAUUUUUUUAUUUUUUAAAUUUACCAAUUUAUCUGCAUCUAUUACUAUAGAUAAAUUAGACUAAUCUGGUUCUCUGUGUAGAAAUUUCAGAGAGGAGUAUUAGAAUUUCAGCAAGAAGUCUUUAAUUUCGUUCCAAUCCAUCCCAAUAUAUACUGAACGUGGGAGAUUGAAUAUAAAUUAUUCCACAACGUACUUUGCUGCUUCUAGCAUUUGUUCCUCACUAUCACAGUUACAUUUAGUUUCAAGCUCUUAUGGCGAGCACGCCGGACAACUCAUGGGCAACGGAUCUAGCGCGGCCCACUUUUGUAGUUGUAAAUUUUUCUAUCGCCGGCGGAGUUAUGGCGUUGGGCGUCCUAGUGAGUUUGUAUUUAAAAUGCCGCCGAAGUUUGAAGAAGGACAUACCUAAGUUCCAGACGCAUCACCAGCAACAACCACAAUUUGCUACGCUCACUAUAGAAAAAUUCUUGAAUGAUAUCGAAAGGGAGAAGCCAGUAAGAUUCACUGAUCAGCAGUUACAAAUUGCAACCGAUAACUACUCUAAUUUGUUGGGGUCAGGAGGUUUCGGUGCUGUUUACAAAGGGAUUUUCAAUGGCGCCAUGGUAGCCGUGAAGGUCCUGCAUGGAAAUUGUGACAAAAGAAGUCAAGCCCAGUUUAUGGCAGAAAUGGGAACACUUGGUAAAAUCCACCAUUUCAAUCUUGUUCGGUUAUAUGGCUUUUGUUUUGAAGAAAACUUGACAGCAUUGGUUUAUGAGUACAUGGGAAAUGGAUCUCUUGACAAGUAUUUGUUAAAAGAAAACAAGACGUUAGGAUUUGAAAAGCUUCAUGAGAUAGCGGUUGGAACUGCAAGAGGCAUUGCUUAUUUGCAUGAAGACUGCCAACAAAGAAUUAUUCACUAUGACAUUAAACCGGCCAAUAUUUUAUUGGACCGGAAUUUCAAUCCUAAGGUUGCGGAUUUUGGUUUGGCAAUGCUUUAUAACAGGGAUAACACUCAUAUAUCUAUGACCGGUGGAGGAGGAGGCAGGGGAACCCCCGGUUACGCUGCGCCGGAGCUAUGGAUGCCGUUCCCGGUGACUCACAAGUGCGAUGUCUAUAGCUUUGGAAUGUUGUUGUUUGAGAUCAUAGGUCGGAGAAGAAAUGUUGAUAAUAAUGUUCCAGAAAGCCAAGAGUGGUUUCCAAUGUGGGUUUGGAAAAAAUUUGAUGCUGGAGAAUUACAGGAUUCAACAUUAGUGUCUGAAUUAUUGUUGGAGAAACAUAAGGAGAUGGUAGAAAGAACGGUUAAGGUAGCUUUGUGGUGUGUUCAGUAUAAGCCAGGAUUAAGGCCUAUGAUGAGUGCUGUCGUGAAAAUGUUGGAAGGCUCUGAAGAAAUUCCACAACCUUCGAAUCCAUUUCAAUACUUGAUGGACAAUGGUUUCACUGCUGCUCAUGAUCAUUCACCUCAAGAUUCAUCAAAUACGUACACUACUAGUACAACUUCAAGUGGUAGUGUGAUUGUGGUGGAAUCCAAUAAUAUUGUAUCUACUACUCCAAUCAAGAGUCAUAAUGAGAUCGAAUUGUUAGUCUAGCUAGUUAGGAGUGAAAAGGCUUUCCACAGCUUAUUGAUUAAUUUGUAAUUUUUUAAUUUUUUCAAUUUAAUUAUAUUCCAUUGUCAAACGAGUAAAUUGAUUCA